AUGAGUCGGACGGAGGCGGACUUGGCCAUCAAUAUUCGCAAGGCCACAAGUAUUGAGGAAACUGCGCCCAAACGGAAACAUGUGCGGAGCUGCAUUGUCUAUACGUGGGACCACAAGUCGUCGGCGGCCUUUUGGGCGGGUAUGAAAGUGCAGCCUGUUCUUGCCGACGAGGUCCAGACGUUCAAGGCUCUCAUCACGAUCCACAAGGUUCUGCAAGAAGGACAUCCGAUUGUCGUACGAGAGGCGCAACAGCAUGCCAAUUGGGUCGACAGCUUGAUGAGAGGAGUCGGAGGCGAUGGUAUUCGAGGAUACGCGCCGCUGAUCCGGGAAUAUGUCUUCUUUCUGGAGUCGAAACUGGCCUUCCACCGCAACCACCCGGAAUUCAAUGGACUGUUCGAGUAUGAGGAGUAUAUCAGCUUGAAGACCAUCAAUGAUCCCAAUGAGGGCUAUGAAACCAUUACCGACCUCAUGGCCUUGCAAGAUCAGAUUGAUGGCUUCCAGAAACUCAUUUUCUCGCAUUUCCAGUCCGGUACCCACAAUGAAUGCCGAAUCUCUGCGCUCGUGCCCCUCGUGCAGGAGAGUUACGGAAUUUAUAAGUUCAUCACCAGCAUGCUGAGAGCUAUGCACACGACUACCGGAGAUGACGAAGCCCUGGAGCCGCUUCGUGGCCGAUAUGAUGCUCAGCAUUAUCGCCUAGUUCGGUUCUACUACGAGUGCUCCAACUUGCGCUACUUGACGAGUCUUAUCACCAUUCCUAAGUUGCCCCAGGACCCACCGAGUCUCCUCGGGGAGGACGACGAGCGCCCGGCUUUGCCGAGACGACCGGCACGAGAGGUCGAAGCUGCACCGUCACCGCCGCCCAAGAUGACCGCUGAACCGGAGCCGAUCAGCGACUUCUGGACCACCGAGGCGCGACGUCAGCAGGAAGAGUAUGAGGCUGAACAGGCUCGUCUGCAACAGCAAUGGGAAGAGCAACAGCGACAGCAGUUGCUUGCCCAGCAGCAGGCGCAGCACGACUUUGAGGAGCAGCAGCGUCUUCAGGCUGAGCAACAGCGGCUCGCCCAAGAACAGCUUCUCCGCGAUCAAUAUCAAACCCAGACGCAGGGCCGACUGGCCGAGCUGGAGCGGGAGAACCUGAACGCUCGGGCGCAGUACGAGCGGGAUCAGCUGAUGUUGCAGGAAUAUGACCGCCGUGUGAAGGAUCUCGAGGAGCAGAUGAACCAGCUCAACUCAAAUGUGCAUCUGCAGAACUCUUCCAAGGAUGAGCAGAUCCGGUCUCUGCAGGAGCAGGUGAACACCUGGCGAUCCAAGUACGAGGCCCUAGCCAAACUCUACUCGCAGCUCCGACAAGAACACCUGGAUCUUCUCCAGACCACAAAGAGCCUGAAGAUCAAGGCGGCAUCAGCGCAGGAGGCGAUUGACCGGCGUGAGAAGCUGGAGCGUGAGCUCAAGACCAAGAACCUGGAGUUGGCUGAUAUGAUCCGAGAGCGAGACCGUGCUCUGCACGAUCGGGACCGCCUGACUGGCACCAACAAGGAUGAGCUGGAGAAGGUUAAGCGGGAGCUUCGAAUGGCGAUUGACCGUGCAGAGAAUGCCGAGCGGCAAAAGGGCUCGGAGAUUUCGUCCAUGCUGUCCAAGUAUAACCGCGAGAUGGCUGACUUGGAAGAAGCAUUGCGCACCAAAUCGCGCGCGCUGGACGAUUAUUCCAGCCGCAACUUGGAGCGACAAGGAGACAAUGAUGUGGCUCUCCGCGAAAAGGAUGAGGAGAUCGAAGUGUACAAGUCUGGAAUGGAGCAGGCUCUGAUGGAAUUGGAAGAGCUGAGAAUGAACCAAGGUGACGCCGAUAAUGCGCUGGAUAACCAGAUUGACACGGUGCUCCACGGCACGGUGGCCAAGAUCAACGACAUUAUCGACUCCGUGUUGCAGGCCGGUGUCCAGCGCGUGGACGAUGCCCUGUACGAACUGGACUCGUCCAUGCAGGCCGGUAACCAGAAUGCAUCCCCGCCGUAUGUGCUGUCUCAGAUUGAGAAGGCUUCGGCUUCGGCCACCGAGUUCUCGACGGCCUUCAACAACUUUAUCGCGGACGGUCCCAACAGCCCGCACGCCGAGAUCAUCCGCACAGUGUCUGUCUUCUCUGGGUCGGUUGCCGAUGUGCUGAGCAACACGAAGGGAUUGACCCGGUUUGCCAACGACGACAAGAGCUCUGACCAGCUGAUCAGCGCGGCCCGCAAGUCCGCACAGGCAACGGUGCGGUUCUUCCGGGGGCUGCAGUCCUUCCGCCUGGAGGGCCUCGAGGCGCUGCAGAAGACCGACGUGGUGAUCAACAACAACCUGGAGGUGCAGCGUGAUCUGCAGUCGCUGUCGAAGAUGGUAGACUCAUUCGCGCCCAAGAGCAGCAAGAUUAGCACCAAGGGGGAUCUGGGUGACCUGGUGGACCAGGAACUGCUGAAGGCGGCCGAUGCGAUCGACGCGGCGGCCCAGCGGUUGGCCAAGCUCCAAAACAAGCCGCGCGAUGGCUACUCGACGUACGAGCUGCGCAUCAACGACUCGAUCCUGGCAGCAGCCAUUGCUGUCACCACCGCGAUCGCCGAGCUAAUCAAGGCGGCGACGGCAUCGCAGCAAGAGAUUGUGCGCGAGGGUCGCGGCAGCUCGUCCAAGACGGCGUUCUACAAGAAGAACAACCGCUGGACCGAGGGUCUGAUCUCAGCGGCAAAGGCGGUGGCUGCGUCAACCAACACGCUGAUCGAGACGGCCGACGGGGUCAUCUCGGGCCGUAACUCGCCCGAGCAGCUCAUCGUCGCGUCCAACGAUGUGGCCGCCAGCACUGCGCAGCUGGUGGCAGCCAGUCGCGUCAAGGCCACGUUUAUGAGCAAGACCCAGGACCGACUGGAGACGGCCAGUAAGGCUGUUGGUGCCGCGUGCCGGACCCUGGUGCGCCAGGUGCAGGAUAUCAUUGCGGAGAAGCACCGCGACGACACCGAGGCCGAGGAUUACACCAAGCUGAGCUCGCACGAGUUCAAGGUGCGCGAGAUGGAGCAGCAGGUCGAGAUCCUGCAGCUCGAGAACAACCUCUCCCGCGCUCGUUCACGUCUGGGCGAAAUGCGCAAGAUCUCGUACCAGGAAGACUAG